UGUGGACAAGGUGCUAGAAAUAGAGUGAAGAACUUGUGCGGCGGAGGAAGAUAUUUUCUCGUGAGAAAAGAGUGAGAAAAAGUGCGUCCGAAAGUCAAAAAUCUCUGAUUUUCCACUGUAAAAUGGAACUCAAUAGAAGCGUGCUCAGUUCAAAGGUACUCCUGUGUGACAUCGAGGGCACCACCUCGUCCAUUGACUUCGUAAAAGAGACUCUCUUCCCCUAUGCACUGAAGAACGUGGAGAAGUUCCUGCAGGACAACUGGGAUCGGGAUGAUGUGAAGGAAGCCGUGGUGGAGCUACGGAAGCUGGCGGAGAAGGAUGCUGAGGAGAAGACCGAGGGUGCUGUGCUUGUCCUGGGCGACGAUGAGGACAAAGCCAAAGUGCAGGAGUCUGUGGUGAAGAGCGUGGAGUGGCUUAUGGGGAAUGACAGGAAGGUGACGCCCCUGAAAGCGCUGCAGGGAUUGAUCUGGGAGGCUGGCUACAAGGAUGGAUCCAUCAAGAGCCAUGUCUAUGAUGAUGUGCCCAAGGCUUUCGAGAACUGGACCAAGACUGGCCACAAGAUCUUCAUCUACUCCAGCGGCAGCGUCAUGGCACAGAAGCUGCUCUUCGGCAAUACAUCGGCGGGCGAUCUGAUGUCCCAUUUGUCUGGGUACUUCGACACGAAGAUCGGUGCUAAGCAGGAUAAGGAGAGCUAUGAAGCCAUCGCAAAGGAGGUGGAAUGCGUCGCCGGGGAGAUUCUCUUCCUCACUGAUGUGGUGAAGGAGGCCAAAGCAGCUCAAGAAGCUGGAAUGAAUGUUGUGAUUGUGAAUAGGCCAGGGAAUGCAGCACUGACCGAUGAGGAGAAGAAGGAAUUUGCUGUUGUUGACAACUUUGAGGCUCUCCCUUUGGAAGAAGUGACGACAGGCAAGAGGAAGAUCCCGGAAGAGGAGGCAAAGCAGGAAACCACAAAACCAGCGAAAGUGGCUAAAUUGGAGACGGACGUGGCGGACGCAGCUGAAAAGCCGGAGCAAGUGAGUGACGAGAAGACUGACGAUGAACCCAAAUGUGACACUGCCGUUGUGGAUAAAAUUGAAAUUGAAAGGACUGAUGAUGAGAAAACUGAGAAAGAGACUGAGUCGAAAGCUGAGGAUAAGGAGGAGAAGAUGGAGACGGACGAGAGUGAGGAAGUGAAGGAUAAAGUGGAGGAUGCUGAGGAGGCUGCCAAGGUUGAGGAGAAGAAGGAGGAGGCUGAGCAGAUGGAAGUGGACGGGAAGGGAACGACUGUGGCUGCUGAGGUCGAGUCCGUUGCGGCUGUAGUGGCAGAGGUGAAAGAGCCUGCAGCUGCACCCACCACAGAAGAAGCUCCUGCCGAAGAGAAGAAGAAAGAAGAAGAGGUAGUGAAUGGCAAGAGUGUCGAAGGCGAGAAGGUCGAGGAGGUGGCAGCUGAGGAGGAAAAGAAGGAGACUCCUGUCGAAGAGGAGAAGAAGGAGAAAGUGGUGGAGACAGAAAAAGUGGUAGAGAGCACAAAUGGUGACGCUGUGGACGCCGCGCCCGCCGAGGAGGUGAAUGGCGGCAACAAAGCCGCAGAGGUGGCUGAGGAGAAGGCCGAGAAUGGCAAAGAUGAGGUGAAGAAUGGCCACAAUGAAAAUGCCGAUAGUGUGGUCGCGGCAACGGCGGAGGUGACAGCGGACUCGACAGCAUCGCCAGCGUCCGGCGCAAGUGAUCAGGCGACGAGCAGCGAGGUCAUUGUGAAGAAAUGCGUUGAGCCGAUGGUGAAGUCCCCCGUGGCUCAGCCCGUGGAGGCAGCAGAAUCGUAAAUGCCUGCCGAAAUAGACGAUAUUUUCCACGCACGUAACGCAACUCUUCAAAACAUAUUUCUCUAUAAUUAGUAGUUUUUUUUUAUUCAAUGUUCUUGUGUUAACUUUCACAAACUGUUUCAUGUCUUUUAGUUAGAAUGAUAUUGAAUUCACAAAAAGCAGUAUUUAAGAAGACGAACUUGAUAAGGAUAAGAGUGAUAAAUGUUUAAUGUAGUAUCAUUUUUGUUUUGUGUAAGAAAUUUAGAAUCUGUUUUCCAUAUUUGACACACGUUAAAUUCUUGCGAAAAAGGCAUAAAAUUUAUUUUGGAUAUUAGAGAGAAUCUCAGAGAAAUUUAAUCUUGUAUCAUUUUAUUCAGAAUAUAAAUAUAUUGUAAGGAUUUUAUUUGCUAAGUGUUGAGAAGGUUAUAAGAUAAAUACGAAAAAUAUUUCUCGACUGUUUCCAUGACCAUCUCUGAAAAAUGAAGAAAAAAAAGAAACAAGAUGAUAUAAGAAGAAAAACAUAUUCGAAGACGAAAAUUCUGUAGUAUUUAAAGAGAAAAAAAUAGCUAUAAAAAGAGAUAUUGAACGUAAGAAUGACUUUUGACUGAUUUUUUGGCCCUUUUUUGUAAUAAUUAUAUAAAGACUACAGUGACUGGCAUGAAUAUUAGCUCAAUAAGAAACAUGAAUUUAUUUUAUAAGAUAAAGACAACCUCUUCAUGUUUGGCCAUUGCAUAAAGACUG